AUGGCCAACUACCUCGCGUCCAUCUUCGGCACGGAGCAAGACAAGGUCAACUGCUCCUUCUACUACAAAAUCGGCGCCUGCCGCCACGGCGACCGGUGUUCCCGGAAACACGUGAAACCCAGCUACAGCCAGACGAUCCUGCUGCCGAACCUGUACCAGAACCCGGCGUACGACAACAAAUCGCGCAUGACGCCCAGCCAGCUGCAGAACCACUUCGACGCCUUCUACGAGGACUUCUGGUGCGAGAUGUGCAAGUUCGGCGAGAUCGAGGAGGUGGUCGUGUGCGACAACAACAACGACCACCUGAUCGGGAACGUGUACGCGCGGUUCAAGUACGAGGACUCGGCGCAGAAGGCCUGCGACGCGCUGAACUCGCGCUGGUACGCCGCCCGCCCCAUCUACUGCGAACUGUCGCCCGUCACGGACUUCCGCGAGGCGUGCUGUCGCCUGAACUCCGGCGAGGGCUGUGUCCGGGGCGGAUUCUGUAACUUCAUCCAUCGCAAGGAACCCACGCCGGAACUCGAGAGGGAGUUGGAGCUCAGCACGAAGAAGUGGUUGAGGCAGCGUGGAAGGGAUCCCAGGAGUGAGGAGAGGGAUUCGGAGAGUCCGGAGCCGAAGGCUGCGAGGUAUUGA